GAAACUGUUCUUUCAGCCGGCACAGCGUUGCUUGCUGCAGUGUUGCCGCAUACAUGUGGCAUUUCUGUGGCCGCAGCAAACGGUCAUACUAAGAAUUCAUAAAUAAACAAACAUGUCCAAACAAUAUGGCCUUAUUAUACCCGGCCAGCAGAAGAAGGCACCGCCAAAACGGCCCGAAAGGCCCUCGAUUUUCGACGAGAGCUCCGAGUCCGAGAGCGAUGAUGACCAAAAUGCCCCGCAAUUGAAGCCGAAAACCAGCGGCAUGUCCUUGGGUCCCAGUCUAAUGGAGCGCCGCGUGGCCCGGCGGCAGCAGGAGAAGGCCCUGGCCGAGGACCCAACCAUAUUCCAGUACGACGAGCUGUACGACGACAUGGACAGCAAACGCGAGGAGGCCAAGCAGACGAAGAGCCAGGAGCCGCGGAAACCCAAGUACAUUGGACGGCUGAUGGAGCACGCCGAGCGCAGGAAGCUGGAGAAGGAGCUGCGCAUCGAACGGCAGGUGCAGAAGGAUCGCGAGGCCGAGGGCGAGAUGUACAAGGACAAGGAGACCUUUGUGACUGCCGCCUAUCGCAAGAAACUGGAGUCCAUACGCCAGAUGCAGGAGCAGGAGCAGCGGGAUGAGUACCUCGAGGCCAUUGGCGAUGUCACCAAGCAGAAGGAUCUGGACGGCUUCUAUCGCCAUCUCUACGAACAGAAGAUGGGCGGUCCCGACCAGCCGGAUGUCGUCAAGCCCAAGACGGCGCCCACCACUGACGAGGUGGCGUACAAACCCAUCAAGGCAGAGGCUGCCAAGCACAGAAGCUAUCGACGACGUCGCUCCUCCGAGGAGGAAGAGGAGCAGACCAAGGGCAAGUCAGGCCAAGGCGCGGAGCCCGCGAAGUCAACGGAUCAGGCGGAAAGCAAGCCAGCACAGGCACAUUUGACCAACAACAUAGAUGCCGAUUCCGAUUUUAGCAUAGACGACUCCAGCGAUGAGGAAGAGGAGAAGGGGCAUAAGAAGGAAAAGGAGGAUAAGGAAAAGGAGAAGCUGUCCCAGGACAAAAAGGAGGAUAAGGACAAGGCACCGGAAAGUACUGAGACCGCUAAAGCGAAAGAACCCGAGGCCUCGCAAGAAUCCCCCUCCAAAAAAGAAGAAAAUUCCAAUGGCGACGUGGACGAGAAGGAUCUACCCGUGCCGACAGUCACCAAACCUCCUGUCGACCGCACACUCAUCUGGCGCAAAAGGACCGUGGGCGAGGUCUUCGAGGCAGCCGUGGCACGCUAUCAGGAGCGCAAGCGAGCGCGCCAGGGGUAAAAUGCAUCCAAUUAAAGUUCGAGUAGAUGGAAAAACAAA